AUGUAUCUAACAACUGCUACACAGCCUGAUUUGUCAUACGUUUCCAGUCUCCUUAUCCGUUACAUUGAGAAUCCUUCGGUGAAACAUAUUUUGGUAGCAAAACGGGUAUUACGCUAUUUAAAGGGAACUGCUGAUUUUGGAAUUCUUUACAAGAAGGGUGGAGUAAAUGAACUUGUGGCAUACACAGACAUCGAUUAUGCAGGUGACGUAGAUGAUCGGAAAAGCACUUCCGGCUAUGUUUUCAUGCUUAGCUCUGGAGCAGUUUCAUGGUGCUCAAAGAAACAACCUGUGGUUAGCUUAUCCACUACAGAAGCUGAAUUUAUAACUACUGCUUCUUAUGCUUGUCAAGCAGUGUGGUUACAAAGGAUACUAUCAAAUUUAAAUCAGAUUUCUGAGAGUAAAGGCAUAUCGGUUAACUGCGACAACAGUUCUACUAUUAAGCUGUCUAAAAACCCAGUUUUGCAUGGCUGCAGUAAACAUAUUGAUGUCAGAUUUCAUUUUCUUCGUGAGAUGUCCAAAGAAGGAAUUGUAAGUUUGAUUUAUUGUGCUAGUCAAGAACAAUUAGAAGAUCUUAUGACCAAACCAUUAAAGUUGGGAGUAUUCUUGAAGUUGCGAAAGUCUCUUGGUGUUUGCUCUGAAAUUGAAGUAAACUGCAAACCAGAAGUUAAAAUGAGAAGUUGCAGUUUAAGGGAGGAUGUUGAGGACAGAAAUUAA